CCUGGCGGCCUUUUGUUGUUGUCCUUUGUCUUGUCCAGCCCCCCCAGUCCGGUCGCGCAUUCUUUUUGGUUUUCACACAGAACGUACGGACUACGGAGUUCACCGUUUCCCCUGGUGCCCCUGGGCUGACCGUUGACGUCUCCACCGGCGGAAUCCCAUCCAGGCACCCAAGUUGCCGGCUCCCUUGCGGAUCUUUCUUCUUGCGCCGGGAUACCUGUGCGCUGCACCAUGCGAAUGACGUCCAUCCGAUAAUGGCUACUAGCUCUGCAGGCAUACAAUAAACAUUCUUUGAUCGAUAUGGUACACUUUUCCGCUGAGACGGGCCUCAAGGCCUCAGUGGGGGUGUUCCUCUUAAGCUGCACAUUUCUCUCAACAUCGUACAAUACCACUUUCGCUUUUGAUCAUCCUCUCACCUCGGCCGCAUUGGCCUGCUUCUUUGCGGGGACGUCUCUGUUGAUAGUGAGCCGAUUCGUACAUCGCAUGCCGAAGAUCGCGUCUUCUACACCGAAAUAUUCCGCCAUCCCACUCACCGAACAGAAUCAAUCCCUCGAAGAACCAUUCUCGCCGGUCAGCUUGGACAGCAACAGCAGUCUCACUCUCACCCGCCCGCGCAACUCGGCGCGAUGGGUCAAAAUAGGGCUGCUUUCGCUGCUCGGUUGCAUACGGAUUGCCUUGUAUCGCGAGAUAACUGUCAAAAUCGAAUGCGCGCCUGACGGAUCUGCCUAUGCAAUCCCCUUCUUCCUGGCCCUUUACGAUUACUGGCGAAACCAACGCAGCCGACCGAUUCAGAGAUGGACCGCUCCUGAAUCCCCACAGAACGUGCACCUCCGUGCGAUAGUCACCUUUGCUAGUCGCGUGCAUUCGUUCCUCUUUCGGAGCCGCUGGAGAUAUGUCAUACCGGCAUUCUUUCUCCUGACAAGCGGCUACAUUACCACCACUUUCGGAGAUGGCCUGCAGUCCACUUACAUCUGCCCCACCACAUCGGGCCAAUCUACACACCUGCGCGCUUUCAAGACCCUGGCUGUCAUUCUUGACUCUUUGAUUUUGAUAGGUGCGGCUGAAUUAGCCACCGAAGGAGUCCGAUCGGGGGACAACCGAAGGAAACAGGGUGUGGUUUCCUGGGCCUACAGUCUACUGGGUGUUGCUGUGUUCUAUACAAUCAUUCUGGUCGCUCUUGCAGCUAGCUCCCACAACGAGGAUGGCUUCGUCAGCGCUCAAUAUCUGCAUAGUGCUGUGGGCCAAGGGGUGCUGGUGGCAUGUGUGAUCGUGUCGGCAUCUCAAUUGAUCCCGUAUUAUGGUAUUGCUGGAUUGGCUGUGCUGGCGGGUUUCAUCUCUGUCUACUUUACAUGGGCGUCGGCUCUGUUCAACGGACAGCAACCAUUCCCAUUGAUCCUCGCCUCCCGCGCUUUCGCAGCUCUCUUUUUCAGUUUCAUGGGGGGCUUGUCGUUUCUUUAUGCUCGAACGGCUUCAGAGGAGGAACCGCAAUUCCUAUACCGGUUCAACCUCGCCAUGCGAAUUGUGUUCGCUGUACUAUCUGGAAUCGGUCUCAUUCUGGUCGUUCAACAACAUAGCGCGGCCCAUCUGCAUCCUAUCGAUCUGCUUGUGUACGAGGGCAGACAGCAUCACGAUCAAUGGUUUGCGCGGGCCAACAGUAGCCAGGGCCUUGUCGAUGCUGUCAGGCAUUACCGAGCGCAAUAUAACCAACAUCCACCGCCGAACUUUGAUAAAUGGUACGAAUAUGCUGUCAGCCGAUCUUCCUUGGUCAUCGACGAGUUCGACCAAAUCUACACGGACCUCCUGCCCUUCCGUGCCGUGCCACCGGCGCAGAUCCGGGAGUCAACGCAGCAGCUGGCCACGAACCCUUACAACGAGAUCGGUGCGAUCAGUAUUCGCAACGGCAAAGCUCGAGUCCAGGAGGGCAUCAAGCCAACCCAUGCGUGGAUGGUGAUUAGUGCCGCCAAAAUGAUCGAGAAAUUCUCCGAACACCUUCCCGACAUGGACCUCGCUUUCAAUCUGAACGAUGAGCCUCGGGUUGCGGUUCCCUGGGAGAAGAUAUCGGCCCUGCGCCACCAAGCGAAGUCUUCCGGCUUACCCCCUGAGGACAGUAUCCAGACCGAGUGGUCGACUGACCGCGGUGACCAAUGGGGUCCGAUCGAGCCCGCCGAUCAGACAAAGGAGACACCCUUUGUCGACAACUCCUUCAAACACAUAUUUGAUCGCUAUGUGGGCUCCACCUGUCCGCGAUCCUCGAAAGCCCGCUCCCAGCGCAUCUGGGACCGUCGACAUGUAUGCCUCAGCUGCGUUCGCCCUCACUCCUUGGGAGGUUUUCCGUCCGACUGGGCUGCUGCCACCGACAUCUGCCACCAGCCAGACCUCGCGUCACUGCACGGGUUCUUCCUCUCCCCUGCCUCGUUCAAAGUCACGCAAGACUUGACCCCCGUCUUCAGUCAGAGUAUAAUUGCGGGCUUCAACGACAUCAUCUUUCCUAGCCCGUGGAAUUACGUCGACAAGAUCGAAUACAAGCCCUCGCCCGAAAACCCGGACACAAACUAUACCGAGAAGGCCAACACCCUCUUCUGGAUCGGUAGCACCUCUGAGGGAACCAGCCAGCACGGCGAAUGGAGAGGCAUGCCGCGCCAGCGUCUCGCCCACCUCGUGAACAACAACACCUUGAACAAGGUCUCAGUUUUCCUUCCGACGAACGAGACCGACACCUACCACUACGAAAUCCUCGACGGCCGCGCCCCGUCCGACAUUCUGCACCUCGACACGGCCGUCAAUGUCAUCGACCCGAUUGUCCGCUGCCGCCAACCGGACUGCGACAACCAGCGCGAAGAACUCAGCCCGGCAUCCCGGGUCGACUUCCAAUCCCACUGGCAACACCGAUACCUCUUCGACUCCGACGGCGCAGGCUUUAGCGGUCGAUUCCUACCCUUCAUGCAAAGCCACAGUCUUCCGUUCAAGACGGGCCUGUUCCGACAGUGGUUUGACUCGCGCAUCACCCCAUGGCUGCACUUUGUGCCGAUCGACCUCCGACUCCACGGUCUCUGGAGCACACUAGCAUAUUUCGCGGGCGUAGACACCACCCUCACCGUAGAUGGAAUCCCCCGAACAGUCAGCAUCCCCCCGCACGACAUUGAAGGCACAUGGAUCGCGGAGGAGGGGCGCAAAUGGGCCCAGCAGGCCCUCCGCAAGGAAGACAUGGAGAUCUACUUUUUCCGAUUACUGCUUGAAUGGGGACGAUUAACCGAUGACCAGCGAGAUGUGCUGGGGUAUCGACUAUAGUUCAGUGUGAGCUAGUCCUACCCACAGAUGUAUAAUGAAAUAUGCCGUUUACGCCUGUCACGUAAUCCAAUCAAGACCUGAC